AUGAAGAUCGUAGCGCUAAUAAGCGGUGGAAAAGAUAGUUGUUUUAAUAUGAUGCAUUGCGUUGCUAAUGGUCAUCAGAUUACUGCAUUGGCAAACUUGAAGCCUCUUACGGAUUCUCGAAAAGAUGAACUUGAUAGUUUUCUUUAUCAAACGGUUGGUCAUAAUGCGAUCUCAUACUAUGCCGAAUGUAUGGGCUUACCUUUAUACAGGCGUGAAAUUUUUGGUCAAUCAUUAAUACAAGAUGCAGAUUACAAGUUGACUAUCGGUGAUGAAACUGAAGAUUUGUUUGAAUUGUUGAAAGAAGUUAAGGAAUCAAAUCCAGAUGUUCAAGGAGUUUCUGUUGGUGCAAUAUUAUCAAAUUAUCAACGUGUCCGUGUUGAAAAUGUAUGUAGUCGAUUAGGGCUUACACCUAUUGCAUAUCUUUGGCGAAGAAAUCAAAAGGAAUUGCUAUCUGAAAUGAUUGAUGCUGGGAUUAAUGCUAUAUUGAUUAAAGUUGCUGCUAUUGGCGAGUGUCUCAAAACAACACAUUUGGGUAAAUCUAUUAAAGAGCUAUAUCCUUAUUUAUGUAGUUUGAAUGAAAAAUAUGAUGUUCAUAUAUGUGGUGAAGGAGGUGAAUAUGAAACAUUUAUUUUGGAUUGUCCAUUAUUUAUCAAGAGGCUACAUGUUGAAAAUAGUGAAAUAAUCAUGCAUUCAGAUAAUGCAUUUGCAGAAGUAGCUUAUCUUCAAUUAAAAAAGUUAGUUGUGAUGGAUAAACCAGUUAACAUUGCUAUGACGAACUUGAUUAAAGUUCCCGCAUGGAGUGAUGGUUUUGAAGAUAUCUUGAGUAAAGCAGAGAUAUUUAAAGGCGAGAAUGUAUUAAAAAACGUCGUUCCGAAAAUAGACAUUGAUUACAUCCCAGAGAUGAAUAAUGAUUACAUAGAACUUUAUACUGCGCAUGCAAAUCCACCUUAUUUCGCCAUAUCCGGAACUACUGCUUAUAACCAUAAAAGUUCUCAAUCUCCGUUGAAUACGAUUGAAGAAGAAACGCGUGUAUGUAUGAAGAACCUCGAAGAAAAGUUGGCUAAAUUAGGAUUAAAUUGGGCCGAUGUCAUAAAUAUGAACGUGUUUAUCAAAGAUAUGAAAGAAUUUGGGAGAAUGAAUAUGAUUUAUAAAUCUUUUUUCGAUAUAAACCCACCAACUAGAGCAUGUGUUGAAUGUAACCUUUCAUCACCGGCGAAUGUCCAGAUCGAUUUAGUUGCUAUAAAAUUUAGUGACUAUUCAAACAUUAAACCAAUAAACAAUCAUGCAUAUAUAGCAGGACAAAUUGGUUUAAUUCCUGCAUCGUUGAAGUUUCCAAAUCCUCUAAGUCUACAAUCCCAAACCAUACUUUCAUUAAAAAAUUUAGAAAGAAUUACGUCAGUUUUGGAAUUGGAUGUUUGGAAAUUUUCGGUGGGGUGUAUUUGUUUUGUUGAUGAGGACACGUCUUUUGAAGUUGUGCAAAAGGCUUGGAAGCAUAUUUGUGAAUGGAGAAAGGGUGAAAAUUGUUGCAAGAUACCACCGAGUCUUUACAUUGCCGUACCAUCACUUCCUCGGGAAGCUAAAGUUGAAUGGCAAGUUUUGUUACAUGAUGGAAAAAUAAACCGCAAAAAUUAUAAUGACGAUUUGGAAGAAGGUGUAAAAUCAACGAUAAAUUCUAAAUUCCCAUCAGAUAUGAAACCUGCCAUGACAUUUAUUCCAGUUAUAGCCAUUAGUGAGGAAUGUGCGGUGGGUAUUUGCGUUCAAUGUGGUUUCUGA